CCACCUCAUUACUUAGUGCUGAUGUGCUAGAUGUCCAAGGGUGAAAGCAUAUCAAAAUAUCACAUGACAACCCCUCCAUUCCUCUCUGGUAAUCAACGAAUAGGAAAACCCGAGUGAGAGGGCGAGAAAACCCAUUCGUAUCGCUUUAGACACUCUGACGACCUGAAAAAAAAAAAAAAACCUCGCGUUUAUAAAGAGCUUUGACGGUUAGUCUUGCUCGAGACGCGAGUGCAUCCUCGAUGUGUCACUCUCAUUUUGCCAAUAAAUUUUACUCCAAACAAAAGCUUUUAUCCGAUCAGCAAGAUUAUUUAAAAUUACCCCCCAAAUGAAUCGAGGCCGACGAAAAAAUCCACCCGGCAAUCCAUUUCUCCAUAAAUAUUGUCAAUAAAUUUUUUUACCAGUAAUUCAGUGAUUACGAUAAUUGUGAUAUUAAAUCGUCAAGUAUUUAGUGAAAUUGACAAUGUCUGAGAAAAAUGGAGAGAAUCGAAGUUCAGAGGAGAGAGCCACCCUGAUGGACCACAAAUUACUGCCAAAGAUUCAGCCGAGUAUAAAUACUCCUUUGGAUGCUGAGAAUGGAAAAAAUCAUCAACAACAAUUUGGCAGUUCAUUGCGACAAGUGUCUGCUGCUUUUGUUGCACAAUUGGGAACUGUCAAUACAGGAAUGACAUUCGGAUUUUCAGCGAUAGCACUUCCACAGCUGAAUGCAACAGCCGAAGCUAUCGUCGAUAGUUCUGUUGUGCUGAACGAUACCCAGGGCAAUUAUUUCAAUUGCAGUAUUAUCAACGAGACUUUGUACAAUUGCAGCACGUACUCCAGUUCAAUUAGAAUUGAUGAGUCACAGGGGUCUUGGAUCGCCAGUAUGUCAUCAAUUGGAACGCCAAUCGGUUGUCUGUUAACUGGUUACUUAAUGGACCUCUUGGGUCGCAAAAGAUCCCUGAUCAUCACCGAGGUGCCAGCAUUUUUGGGUUGGCUCCUGAUAGCUUUUGCGACAAACGUGGAGGCGAUCUACGCCGGUCGCUUCUUCGUGGGUCUCGGUUCAGGAAUGGUGGGAGCCCCAGCACGUGUCUACACAUCAGAAGUGACACAGCCCCACCUGCGAGGAAUGCUGAUAGCCCUGGCAUCAGUGGGUGUCUCCACAGGUGUCCUGAUAGAGUACGCCCUGGGGAGUAUUCUCCACUGGAAGGUGGUAGCAGGGAUCAGCUCCUUGAUUCCCCUUGCAGCCCUCAUCCUGAUGUUCGCUUUUCCGGAGACCCCGUCGUACCUCAUCUCCAGGAGCAAGCCAGAGGAGGCAAGACGAGCCCUUCGGCAAUUUCGAGGCAGCAAGUAUGAUCUGGACAGGGAGAUGGAGACCCUCGUUAACUUCUCGAAGAAGAACAAUCUGAAGAGGUUGACGGGCUUCAGGGAGAUAUUCCAAGCGCUGACAAAACCCAAUGCUCUCAAACCUUUUGCUAUUCUCGUUAUUUACUUCUUGAUUUAUCAGUGGAGUGGUACGAAUGCUGUGACAUUUUAUGCUGUUGAGAUAUUCAAAGCCUCGGGGACGAGCAUCAAUGGAUAUCUGGCGACUGUAAUCUUGGGGGUGGCCAGGUUGUUGUCCACGGUUGCCGCUUGUAUUCUCUGCAGAAGGUGUGGCAGGAGGCCGUUGACACUGAUAUCAUCGGUGGGAUGUGGACUUUCUAUGCUCGGGAUGGGGGGAUACGAGUGGCUCAGGGAGUACUGGGUUCAUAACGAUGUAACACCCACUUGGACCUGGAUUCCAGUCUUCUGUAUGUUCUCCUAUACAGUCGCCUGCACCCUCGGAUUUCUCGUAGUUCCCUGGGUCAUGAUCGGUGAAGUAUAUCCUGUUCAGGUCAGGGGAAUCAUCGGGGGCAUCACCACUAUGACUGCUCACUCCUUCAUCUUCAUGGUCGUAUACUCAUUCAGAGUUCUCAAGGACUCUCUCACUGAACAUGGGACUUAUCUACUUUUUGGAUCCAUCUCCUUCUUCGGCUCCAUUUAUUUUUAUGUCUGUCUACCUGAGACGAAGAAUAAGAGUCUUCAGGAGAUUGAGGAUUACUUCUCGGGGAGGCCAUCAACUGUCAAGACUGGAAAGAUAUUCUGGAGAAGACAGAAGGUCGCACCUGUGGAGAAGAAUUGAAGAGCUUCGGAGAAAUAUUUCGGCUUUUUUUGGAUGUAUCUCCGGUUUUAUGAGGGAUAGCGAAAUUUUUGAUAAUACCUUUUUUGUACAGAUUAUCUUUCUCUGCAAAAAACGUUCUGAGAAGAUUUUUGGUAUCUCUCUUGGAUUCCGAGAUAUACGAUAGAACUCACGUGGGCAAUGAGUCGACUCUUGAAAUUUUAGUCUUAAUGAUGUUACGACGGGUUUUAUUCCUGGAUAUGAGAUUUCGUGGAUACUUUGUUUGUGGGAGUUCUUGAAGAAUAAUUGGGAGAGUGAUGUAGGAAAUGAGUGCGUCGAGUUUUUUCGAAUGUGGUACGUAAAUGAACUGAUAAAAAUGAUAAAAUUUGAGGAAAUCCAGUUCAUUUUUCAUAACUAUCAAUUUAUCUCCAAAACUAUCAGU